UUUAUUGUACAUUACGUACGUUCCGACAGACUACUUAAGUUUUUGUCAGUGCCUACUUAUUUCUUUGGGUAAAUGUAAUUUUAAUUGUUUUUUUUUUAUUGAAAAUUAAUAAUUAAUAACAAUGUCUCUGUCAAAACCGAUAAUGAAUCUAGUAGCCUCAUAUCUACAGAAUUUAUAUUUACAUCCGAUUAAGACGAAAGCUAUUACAAGUUGCGUAGUGGGUACAGCUGGCAGUCUAGCAUCACAGAUCGUGGCUGGAGAAUCAAUCAGACUUGAUCCUAUUCUCGCAUUUGGUUUUUACGGAUUAUUAUUUGGCGGUACAGUUCCUCACUAUUUCUAUGAAACAGUUGAAAGGCUGUUUCCUGAAGAAUCUGCAUCAUUCCCACUUGCAAAAAAGUUAUUAUUGGAACGUUUGAUCUUUGCACCGUUAAUGCAAGCAUUUUCUCUAUAUUCUUUGGCUCGAUUUGAAGGAAAAACUCAUAGAGCCGCUCUGAAGCAACUUUUUGCAUUGUACUUACCAGUCUUAGAAGCCAAUUGGAAAUGGCUUACAUUGUUCCAAGUCAUAAAUUUAGCAUUUAUACCUCCAAUGUUGAGAGUUCUGUUCAUGAACAUUGUUGGGUUUGGCUGGGCAAUGUUCUUAGCAAGCAAAAGACGCAAGCAGAGUCAGAGGAAAGGAGAUUGAACUUUAAUAUCAACUUUGUUUUUCAUGGUGGUGGAUGAUGUUUUAAACCUUACUGUGAUUAUAAUAAGUCAAAAGACAUUUUUAUAUCAGGACCAACUAAUUGUAUGUAGUCU